CUUCCUUUUCAUUCACAAACAAUAACCUAAACAUGGCUCUCACUAAAAUCUCCUUACUCCUUCUUCUCUGCCUUUUAUGUUUAUAUUCUGAAACCGUCAAGUCUCAGAACUGCGGUUGUGCCUCGGGCGUAUGUUGUAGUCAGUACGGUUAUUGCGGCAAUGGACCAGACUACUGUGGUUCAGGUUGCCGAUCAGGUCCUUGCACUGGCACCCAAGGCGGUAGUCUUGGUACCAUUGUGUCACAAGCUUUCUUUAGCAAUAUCAUCAACCGAGCUGAUAAUGGCUGCGCCGGAAAAAGAUUCUACACACGUGAUUCUUUCAUUAGUGCCGCUAAUACGUUCCCCAACUUUGCUAACUCCGUUACUAGGCGUGAAAUUGCGACUAUGUUUGCUCAUUUCACCCAGGAGGUCGGAUAUUUCUGCUACAUUGAAGAGAUAAACGGAGCGUCAAGAAACUAUUGCGACGACAGGAAUUAUCCACAAUACCCAUGUGCACCAGGCAAAACCUACUACGGUCGUGGUCCGAUCCAGUUAUCAUGGAACUACAAUUAUGCACAGUGUGGUCAGAGUCUCGGUCUGGAUCUUCUACGUCAGCCAGAGCAAGUAAGCAGCAAUCCAACUCUAGCUUUCAGGACAGCUUUGUGGUUUUGGGUGAAUAACGUAAGGCCGGUACUGAACCAAGGAUUUGGAGCCACCAUUAGGGCCAUCAAUGGAGACUUAGAGUGUAAUGGUAGGAGUCCAGAUAAGGUUAACGCAAGGAUUAGCUACUACAGAGACUACUGUGGGCAGCUUGGUGUGGACCCUGGUCCUAACCUUAGCUGCUAAAAAGCUCUUUAAUUGGUGACUAUUGUUGGACCUUAGUGUUUAUGCUGAAACAAAUAAAUGAGAUGAUAAAAUUAAAUCUCAUGCAUGUAAUUUGUGUUGGGUUUCAAUGUUUCCUGCUCCACAAGCAAAAAAAAUUGUAGUUAUCUUAUGUAAGUGAAUUUUACAUUAAUAAAUGUCUGAGUUGAAAAAAAAAA